UUUGUGUCUUGUUUGUUCUUCCGCGUAUUCCAUUUAACUCCGACCGACGUAGUAUCUUCAAUCUGAUUAUGAUCAUCAGCAUACAACUUGAAGUUGAUGUUAUUCUAUCUCGUUCUUCUACGUAGGUAUGCAAAAAAUUGAAUAGAUGAUGAACAUUCUAGAUUGAUUAGCUUCUCCAUCCUAGAACAUAUGAUUUAUGGGUAGAACACCUUCUACUUCAGACGAAAGCGAAGCCUGCGGCCAGUGACUACAAUGAAUGUGGAAUUGCUAGUCAACCACCAGAAGUCUUUGGAAAAAGAAGGAUGAAGAAGAGACCUGCUCGUGGCCGCCUCUUGCUAUCGUCUAGGCCUGGGCACAGUUUUGAUCUCUUUUUCGUAGUAGAUUUUUGAGAACAGCAACACUAUUUACGGAGGAGAACCAGCAGUAAAAGUAGAAAGGGACGAGAAACCGGUGGUGAAAAAUACAAACAUGGGUAAGAAAGAGCAACUGAAAUCACAUCAGCGAUUUGAAAUGAACAAGAAGUACAACGAAAAGCAGCUGAACAACUUGGACAAGAAGUAUCAAGAGACGAGAACAAGUACCAUACAAGACAAAAAUCAAAAAUGGUGAACGAGAAACAAAACGCCACAGAGAAGGACUCAGAUAGCAACAUCAUCUCGUCAUCGGAUGCAGCUGUUGGUGGAGAUGGAGCUCCACCUAAUGAUGAAGGUAGAAAAGAAGCCACCGCAAGAAACACGACGUGUAUGAAAGUUACUAGUUCGAAGUUAGAUUCAUUGAUAACAACAGACGAAGGCGGCCCAGAGUCUGAACCAGACGCGAGCUUAGUAAACAGCAGCAACGGGGAACCAGGAGAAGAAGUGGACGGAGCAUCAACUCAAGUGGAAAUGACGAUCGAAGAAUUGGACGGGUCGGCGCCAUCGACCAGCGUCGAUGCUGCUCCGCAAGCACAACCGCCCAUCUCGUCUUCUAGCGAUGAUGAAAAUACUAGGAUAGACCAGAAAGUUCAGGUGGAGGACAAAGAUGUCGUGCGUGAUGAACGUGACGAAUCGUCCGAAAGCGGGAGAGAUCCAGGUCUUUCCAGAUCAUUAGAAGUACUAGACGCUAGUACGACUUUCCUUAGCAGUCCAACGUCAACUGGCGAAAAUCAGGAGGGCAGCGUCACUGGUGCCGCUAGGGAUUCCUCUUGUACGAUGAGUACAUCAGCACCUGACGAAAUGAGUGGCAUGUUCAUGUGUCCGAAUGGUACAAGUCUCUUCACGCCACCACAGGACUUCGUGUGGACGGAUUAUCAGAAGCACCGAAUGCGCGUGUCAGCGGGUGACACUGCACGAGAGCAGAUCUCAAAGAAAAUCUCCUACAUACUCCGCCACUGUCACAAGCCUCGAUCAAAAUUAUGACUAUUAAUUUCUCGUUUUGAUCACGACUACUCCUGGGAUCCGUAUGUAUAGUUAAGUAGAUAGAAGAAGCGGUAGAACAAGGAAGCAGUUACAGUUAGUUCUAGUAGUAUUGCCCCUCACAUAAAUUGAUACGAAAGAGGCGAAUGAAUCAAGUUGAGAACAGCACUCGCAAUGAUGCUUUCGAUUCGAGAGGAAAGGACUUGCAACUCAAGAGUGUUAUGUAGCAAAGAAGAAAUCGAAAUAUUAUGGCUUUCUAGAAGUCGCGGUCGUUGAGAUUGAUGCAUUACCGAGAUUUAUUCUAAAGACUGUGACAGCCCUUCUAUCGUCGUGUCCGCACGAGCACAGUGGGGAGGACGAACAUGAUUGCGCCGCUUCGGCUGGCUCGCCUCAAGGAGCAGACGCAUGUGGUGGAGGAGGCGCGACAAGCCCUUUAACGAUUCCCAGCGACAUUAUGCUCAUCUAGUCGUGAAAAUAACUUGCGAAGUAUCAAUCAUAUUCUACUGGAAAAAGUUCAAAUCGGUGGUUCAUAUUCAUCUACUGAAAAGAAACAGGAGACGCGGUGGAAGUGCUUAUAUCAUCCACUACUGUUGUUCCUUUACCAUGAUCUAUCAGUACUAUAAUCAUGUCUAUCGCUAAAUCGAAAGCGGAUUUUGAUAGCUCUCGUGCGAUGAGUCCGCUAUCCUCCAUGGCGCACUUUCGCGACAAACAGAAGGACUGGAUGCGCGCUGUGGACCUGUUACAAUACAUGACUGACCCCCAUGAUCCAAAAACCGUCCAAGACCUUGUGGAACUCUUAAAACGAUGCAAUGAAGAAAAAGUGAGGUAGUAUUUGCGUUAUUUAUUUGACGUACUAAGUUCUAGUACAACUACGGCCAAUGGCUGUACGUACUUCUACGUCGCUAAAGAAGUUGUUGUCUUCUCAUCGUUCCUUAUGUUUUCAGGUACGAAAUACGUGGCGAGGAUAGCGUUCUCGAGGUUAGAGCGAAUAGGAAGGCUGGUUCUAACGAUCAUAUUUCGGCGCAGCGCAGGACCAAAACCGCUGCCAAGCAUCCACCUAAGCUCGUGAUUAUCCCAAAAGCGACACCGUCUACAAAAAGCAGCAAAGAAAUAGCGGGUAUUGUAUCAGUUUUUGCCGAAUAAUGACUUUCAUCAAUGAUGUUGUCAUGUAGUUUUCAUCACGUCCUCCCAUCUUCCUUCUCUAAGUCUAACUAGACCUUGUGUACUAUUCCUUGUAAGCUGCAAUCGUGCGGUUGCUAGUACAAACUAGUUCCUCUACACUUGCGUUGGGUAGAGGUGGCAGAAGUUCAUCAUAGUCACAAGUUGUAGAGCGAGAUUGUGAAGUACGCGGUCCUUCUUCAGCAGGUACAAUAGGAACAGCUGCAGCAUCUACCGAUGCUGUCAAUCCAUCGAAAGAAGCUGGAGACCGCAAAGGCUGCGGCAAGAACAAGGGCCGCACGCAAAAGGGAGAAAGAAAAACGGGCGCCAAGACUGACGACGCCUCCAGCAAAAAAGCGAGCACGACCGCAACUUCACCAGAAAGUGGACCUGCGUCGAUUUCAACUUCAGCAAGCACCACUGCGCAGGCGCCUAAAAACGCAACUGUAGUGCUAAAAGAAGUCGACUCACGAAGUGCAAAGAGUACCGCGAAAAAGCAGCCUAAUGCAGCUGGAUGCUUGAAAAAGAUCGACGAGAACCUUUUCUGUACUUGAAAAUACGUAACGCAUUCAGUACGUAACUGCAUAACGUGUGUACUUAGUCUUACUGUACUGUAGUCUUCGAUUUAUUUCAUUCAUCCUGUCUUGGAGAUAAGCAAAGAAAAAAAGGUAUUAGGUGUAUGUGUCGCUGUCGGUCUUCAUAAAUGCGGCAUAUUUAUAAUACAUAGAAAACUUUCUGAACACUAUCAGUAGUACAGUGCCAAAUCAUUUUCUUCACAUCCGUGCCACCAGUUGUAUAUAUGAUACAGGGACGCACGCCCCCCCCUCCUGUGGAUGGCCCUGUGGUGGCGCUUGCGCGCUCUCAUCCGCGCUGCUUUUCGCAGGUUGUCGGGGUGGAAGGCUUCAAAACUGGGCGCGGGCGUCUCCUUGUGCCUCUCUGCAUAUUCCCAAGCGACCGCCUGGCCUCUGCUGACGCUCGCAGGCUGGGAGUCUCCGGGGCAGAAGGCCGCUGAAGGCAGCCGCGGUUUCAAGAGCAAGCAGGCCGAUGACCAAGGGCCCGGAGGGUACAGGCAACACGGCCCAGGGGGUCCAGCCUUGCGCCUUUCGGCGCCUUCGGAGGCCUUUCACGCCCCGCGCACUGCUGCGGCGGCGAAGCACAUAGGAGGCCUGCAGGGUACAGAGAAGCAGCUGGAAGGUAGCGGAGGGGGUCCCUUGGACCCCUUUGGGAGCCGUACACCCCCGGCAGACGCUUUCAAAAGGGGCCCGGGGAUCCACGGCCCCCCCUCCUUACGCUAGGGGGGGCGCUCCCCUGAACCCUGGAACAUAUAUGUUGAUUGUUCUUGAAACAUUACACGACCACAGUUUCAAAGUACGGUUUGGAUGAGCUCGCACGGAAAAAAUUGCACGAGCUGGAUGCCGACAAGCAGCAAGAGGCGAUGCGCAAAUUUUGUCCUGUUCGCUCCAUAGCUGCCGAAGACUAUGCGAAGGUCUUCAUGACCUACAUCAAGAGGUACAGACCGACUCAACAAGACCAGGAGACGUCACCAACAUCGGUUAUAGAAGGUCACAUUGAGGGAGAAAGGAACAAACAGAACAGGCGUGCUAGUGCGAACAACAAUUCAACAUCCUCUACAGCUGGAGAAAGCAAUAAUGGUGGUACCACGAGUAGGACAGCGACGGCAAAUAAUACCAGUAAACAGAAAACGGACAGUAACAAAGAAGCAGGAAGCAGCAAUGCGCAAACAAGCGGCUUGUGGAAACCUGGGUUAGAUUUCGUUCCAUCCUCUAUGCUUGCUACCGGUGGCGCGGACAUCACGAUCGAUAAGCAAACACUACAGAACCUUAUCGGAUAGUACUUAUGCUUUUUAUAGAUACGACUAGUAAUAGAUGUGAUGAAAUAGAAGUAGAAGUAGAUGAAAAAUGUUGAUCAUCAAGGACAUCAUGUUCGUGAAGUUGUUCAUCAAGAUUAUCAAGAAACAUGAAGUUGCUCAUCAAGAUUAUCGCAGCUAGGCAGUGUUCAUUUGGAUCCUACUUCUUCGCUUGCAACACGAUAGGCGGAUCAUAGGAGCACUUUCACUUCUCAUUUCUUAUUUUGCUGCUUUACGCUAGCUUCAAUCUAACUAAGUAGUUUAAUUAUCACCAUUUUUCUUCCCAUUAAAAAAAACAGCAAUAUUUCGCUGAACGAGACUAGCAGCACCACGGCCAAGGAUGCGAGUUCCGCUCCUGCGCGAGUGCUGUACUACUACGGAAACAGGUUGUAUGCCACAGGGGCUCCAGCGGCAACAGUUGCGGCGGCAAAUUCCGCCAUUGCUCCCGCAUUUACGCCAACUGUUGCCCAGCAGGGUCCUCAAGUCGCAGUUUUGUACAACUCUGAUGGGAGUUCUCCUCAAUGUUAUCUCGUUCCUACCACGACAACCACGGCUACACCAGCCUCAAACACGACUUGUAGCCUUUUACCUGGUGCGGCCUCGUCAGCACUGGUUGCAGCUGCCUCACCUGGUGCUCCAUUAGCUGCGGGAUGUGCAGGGCAAGGCGGAGUGGCCUAUUACUACGCACCAUCAGCCGUCUCCGCAGGGCAAGUCGCGACUCUGCAGCCUAGUGCGGCAAUUGGUGGCGCUGCUGGCUCACCAAUGUACUACUAUUGCCCUGCCGCGCCAGGAGUGACUGCAGGGGGAACGAUCGUGCAGGUGCCAUCUUCAACCGCUACAUCUUCAUCUGUCUAUCCUGUCACUACCCUCCCCAUGGCAGGCCAGACCUACUUUCAUCCACCAGCCUCGUCCGCAUAUGCGACAAGCAACACGAAAGGGACCACUACUACAAAGGGUAAGCCUGCUGCGGGAAAGGGAGGAGCAUUUACUGCGGGCAAAGGCGGUUCAGGCUCCGCAGCAUUUGGAGCAACCGCAGGGACAGGCGCACGACACGCUUGGACAUCGCAAACUGCUGGAAUCAAAGGAGGCGCUGCACCACCUUCGAGAAGUGGCACCGCGUACGCCGGAAAAGGUGCGCAAUUUGGCAAAGAUGGCGGUGGCCCCUCAUAUUACUACGGAGCUGCUACAGGAGCGCCCCCACCAGUAGUGUAUUAUAAUACAACUAAGGGAGCAGCUGCUACCCAGAGCAAGGGAGCUGCAUGUGCUAAAGGCGAAGGAACGUAUUUUAGUGCAAAAGGCUCCGUAGGAGGUUACGGUGGGUACUAUGUCUAUGGGUCUGGUUCGUACUACUAUUACGGUAGUGGGGCGGCAUCUGCUUUUAACAGCAAAGGAACCGGCAAGGGCGCGAAAGCAACAAAAGGAAGCGCUAACACGGCGGCUUCAUCAGGGGAGACAACGACCACAACAACAGCAUCUACCCCGGCUCCGGUCACCAAGACCAACACCAAGGAAGACGCAAACACACCACAGUCGAAGCAGGAUUCCAGCACGACGUCUGGUGCGCGCGCAAAAGCAUCAUCAAAAUCAAGUAAGCCUAAGGCUGCUGCGGACCCGGCAUCCGUGAAAGCAACCGCAAAGCCAUCCUCGAAUACGGCGAGCACCACCUCCGAGGAAACUACAACAACUACAAGCUCGUCAAGCGGGAAAAGGAGCUCGGAGGAAAGCGUUACAAAAGAUGAAGUAAUGCCUGGACUGAAUCCCGAAGCUGAGGCAUUUCAACCGGCAACUGCUACAGCUUGAAACAUUCACCCAGCAGUGUACUAAAAAAGCAAAUAUGUCUGUGCUAGUGCGAGGAGGGGACCACCAGCAUUUUGUACUAUUACCGAGACAUAUUCAACAUAUUUACAUGUAUGAGUUGAUGUUGUCAUUAUAUUUUGAGCAGCACUCGUCCCACUCCAACAUUUCGGAGCUAAUCGCAUACUAUUGCAGUUGCAGUCGAUUUGAUUUGUUCAGAAAAGUAAAGGAACUAAAAGGAAAAGAUGAAUUUAUACCUCCACUAGAAGCACGUACUCGUUGUACAACAAGUCCAUAGAAGCAAACUCUUAAGAACAACAAGCACAUUUCUCCUAAAUUAUGAAUAUAGAAGGUGGUUUGAGUUUGUUCAGGAUGAUCAUGAAGAAUGAAUACAACAACGAACUACAACUACUACCAGCAACUAACAGAAGAAGAUUACAUUUACAUGUAGAGGCAAUGGCAAGACGACAUUGGCCAUUUUGUUUUGCUCCACAUGUGACUGGGUGAUCGUGACACUGCACGACCCUGGCGGUAAACAAUGGGUUCCCCGCGAGCUUUUAUCAUGAAUGAUGUCCUCCUUCGAGUUCAAUGUGUGAGAAUUGUGUAGUAGAACUAGAAAGAAGAAUCAGGACACGGACAACUAUUAGAAUUAUUUAUCAUGUAGACAAACUCAAACGUGUACGUAGAGUAGCAGAAGAAAAUGAAAAAUAUUUACAUCUCAAUCUUCUAUGCGUAUCAUACCUUUACCGAUAUCGUAUAGUGCAAGAGCAUUCAUCUAAAUCUGUAGACGUGAUGAUGAUGUACGCGGCAUGUGUGCGUACUACCCGGUUGUUGUAAUAAACAUCAUAACAGGAAAAGCUGAUUUGACAAGGUCAGAUUGGAGACAUAUGACAUGACAAAUGGUGAUGGAGAAGGAAUCGGCCGACAUCAAGCCUUCUAGACCUUGUUGAGCUAUGUAAGUAUUCGCAGGUAUGAUUGAACAUGAAUCAUUUCGCCACUGAUACCGCGACAUAAUAGUCAUGUUAGGCAUUGCUCGAAGAAUACCCGCCAUAGGAAUUUUUUCCGGCGUGAUCGUCGAUCUUUUGACUUCUCGCCUUGGGGUUGAUGUUUCCACCGAAGUGGGUUACCACUUGAAUUUAGAACUACUUGUUGUGGUAGAACAAGCGAUUAGGCAGCAGUGUUUCCCACGCCCGACUGGCGCAACAACUAACAUCAACAUUUCGCUGAAGAAAAAGAUGUAUGAUGAAUCAGAAUCGCAGCAACCGACGUUUACCGUCCUCCUCUGAUCUAUUUGAAGGCACCCAACUGAAGCAGAGAAAGACUCCAGUAUCGUGUUUCGUUUGCUUUCCCCCCCUGAACGUUACGGUCAUCUGACUUGCAAGUAGUUCCUUUAUACCCACGCGCCUCCACCCAAGGAGCACGUCUAUCUCCAUACGGACCUCUGUAACUGUCCAACCCCCGUCUGACAUUCACACUUGUCGCGCAGCUAGGUCAAUGCUAAGAAUGUUGUUUGUUGUAGAAUCAUGUUGAGGACGUGUAGUCUUUCGCUUGUUCACUCGUGACAAUUAUUACUCAGACGGCGACUUCAUCCUUGUUGUU